UAAAGAGAUUGAGGAAUUGAAGCAAAAAAAAUUGAAAAUGGAAGACGAGAACCAAAAACUUGUUGAAAUGCGACAUCAGCUGAGAGAGGAGCAACAGGGGCAUCUCAGUGUGCUGCACAAGCAAGCAAUGGAGCAGGAGAAGAAAAUCCUAGAAGACAAAGUAGCCAGUGAAGAACAAACAGAGCAAGUCAACCAGCAGAAUCUAGAGCUUGCAUGCAUCCAGAAGGAAGAGCUGGCAGAGUUGCAGAGGAAUCUGACGAGUGUAGAAGCCCAGGUUGAGGUGCAGCAACGAACUGCGCAGCUAUAUAAGAACAUGAAUAUUGUUGAGCUUCAACAGCAGAUCCAAAACCUUGAGUCAGAACGUGACUCUCUAAAGCAUAAAUUUCAGGCAAUAUCAGAAUAUAUUGAGUGCGCUCUGAAAGUGGACAUUUGUAAGAUUGACAAGAUUACCUCCCGGCUGAUAGAAAAAGAGAGGCAUCUUGCUACCGAGAUCGCAUUUCAACAGGUUGACAAAAACAGAUUUCAGAUGAUCAGAAAGAAAGACUAUGUUAAGAAAGAGCUUGCUGCCUGUCAGGAGCAAGUCUCAGUACUGGAAACAUCUGUGAAGAAUUUACAAGAGGAGAACUGGGAGCACUUGAAACAACUGUUUAAGCAGCAGAAAAAGGAUUUGCAAAUCUAUAGAGGCCCUUCCCUGUCCCAGGCUGAAAAACUCAGCCUUCAUCAAAAAGCAGCGGAUAUUGUGAAAGAACAGCACCAGCAGUUUGGAGAGUUGGAGAAAGAUGAAAUGGAUCACAGCUGCAAGCCCUCCUUCCCAACUCACCAUCUCAGCACAAUGCUGUAUGGCAGCCAGAGCAACCUCAGGGAACCACUGCACCUGGGUCCUUUGGAGCAGGGGCCGCAGAGUGUGUUUGGCCAGGCCAUGCCCCUUCAUCCUUUGCCAUCUGACUCUGAGGAUUUGGACACAUUAACACACCAAGGCCUGAUUGAGGCACAAAACAGGAUUCUCACAACAAAGAUCAUUCGCAAAUGGUUCCAAUAA